CAUGUCCAAGAAAUUCAUUCUUGUCAUAGGCGCCACCGGUGCGCAGGGCCUAGCUGUCAUAGACGGCCUGCUUGCACAGUCCGCGGACGGCACGCCUUCUCCUUACGCUAUCAGAGCACUGUCGCGCAAUCCUGACAGUGCACGCGCCAACGGGCUACGCAGCAAGGGCGUACAAGUUGUUAAAGGGAACACGACGGACUUAUCGUCGGUCGCUGCGGCGCUCGAUGGCGUGUAUGGCGUGUUCGUGAACACGGACAGCGAGACCAUGGGAGAGCAACUGGAAACCUACAUCGGUAUCAGGAUAUUCGAGCUGGCUACCACCAUAAAAAGUAUUCGGCAUUAUGUCUGGAGUGGUUUGGAUUAUGCGUGGAGGGACACGGGCUACAACCCGCUCUACCAGGCGUCUCAGUACACCGGCAAGGCGCGGGUCACCGAGUUCAUGAAGGCGCAACCCUCGGUCGUCAGUGAGACCGAGCUGUCUUGGACCGCGAUCACGACAGGCCCGUACAUGGAAAUGCUGAAAAUGUUUAUGUUUGGCCCCGUCAAGCGCCCAGACGGGACCUUCGUCUUCGCGGCUCCCAUGGGCGACGGACACGUGCCCAUGAUCGCGCUCGCCGACAUCGGCUUCUUCGCGCGCUACGCCUUCGACCAUCGCGCGCUCACGUCCGGCCAGGAGCUGAAGGUCGCGAGCGAGGUUGUCGGGUGGGAGGACGUCGUCUCCACCUUUACGAGGGUCACCGGCCACCCGGCGGUGUUCAAACGCUUGUCGAUCGAGGGCUGGAUGGACCUCUUCGACGAGGCGACGCUGCGGACGCCGUUCGGCGGCGGCCCGCUGACGUUCGAGGAGAACUUCUCUGGGUGGUGGCGUCUGUACAGGGACGACGUGAUCCAGCGGGACAUGGCGUGGAUCCGGGAGAUCAAUCCGGAUGGGUAUACGCUGGAGAGGUGGAUGAGGGAGAAUCGGUAUGAUGGGAGCUGGAGUGAUGAGGGUGUGUUGAAGAGGGACGAGGACGCGAAGGGCGCUGUGAUCGACAAGGAGAAGAUCGCUGCGGCGUAGACUGCCACUGCAUCACGCGCCUUGUCCGACUCGAUAUGUCCUUGCUCGCUCUCACCGUCCAUGAUGGGAUGCGACUUACAAUAGCACGCGGCAGAUGCUCUCUGAUGUGACAUACUGUAUGACUAUGACUCGUAGCUCUUGAAGACGGUGUAUAAAUGUGCUCUGAAUUGAUGUAAUUAC